AGUCGCUGGAGUCAGUCGGGUGUACUGUAGGGCGGGUGUUGUCUCGUGGCAGCACUGAAGAUGGGCGGACUUUAAACCCUGCCAGGAAAAGACAGGAAAGCCGAUACUUCCCCGGAGCACAACAGGAAGAAACGAUGGCUGCCAUUCGUAAGAAGCUGGUCAUAGUGGGCGAUGGAGCCUGUGGAAAGACCUGUUUGCUCAUUGUUUUCAGUAAAGAUCAGUUUCCUGAAGUCUACGUGCCUACAGUCUUUGAGAACUAUGUUGCAGACAUCGAGGUCGAUGGAAAACAGGUGGAGCUUGCCUUAUGGGACACGGCUGGACAGGAGGACUAUGAUCGGUUAAGACCGCUCUCGUACCCCGACACCGAUGUCAUUCUGAUGUGCUUUUCUGUUGACAGUCCCGAUAGCUUGGAGAACAUUCCAGAAAAGUGGACACCAGAGGUGAAGCAUUUCUGUCCGAAUGUUCCCAUCAUCCUCGUUGGUAACAAAAAGGAUCUCCGAAAUGAUGACCACACACGAAGGGAACUUGCCAAAAUGAAACAGGAGCCUGUGAAGCCAGAGGAGGGGCGAGACAUGGCCAACCGAAUCAACGCCUUUGGUUAUUUAGAAUGCUCAGCCAAGACCAAAGACGGCGUGAGAGAGGUGUUUGAGAUGGCCACCAGGGCGGCGCUGCAGGCCAGGAAACGGGGCAAAAAGACGGGCUGCCUGCUGUUAUAGAAACCUGUAGAAGAGAGGAUGUCAGUUAACAGCCCAGGAGACUUCAGAGCAGGGAGGGAGGGAAGACUGAUACUGGGACAUCACGUCAGACAAACCACAAGAGACCAGCGGAAAGACUUCAGGAACAAGAUGACAUCAUUUCCUGUCAUCACAAAGUUUGGGAUUAAGAGUCUUAUGGUCACAUCAAGCAAAAAAUGUCAUUUCUUAACUAACUCUAUACCUAGGAUAAAUAAUGUUACAACCCCCCCCCCCCCCCCCCAACUCUUAAGUCCCCCAAAAAAGGUUCUUUUAAGAAGCAUCCUGUCUUCAGCAACUGUUUUGUGCAUUGGACAGACUGUAUGUAUGUUUGUAUAUGUAAGAAAAUGAAUGUUUGUGCCAAAUGAGCGCAUGUCCGUCUCCCGGUCGCCAUCUCUUCUUUGUAUAUGUGUGUAUCUGCCCGUCUUUAUUCUGUUUGAAUAUUUUUUGCUCAGCUAAAGCACACAGUGAACAUUGAAGUGGGCUGUAUUGUGUAUAACCUCCCACUUCAGGCUUUUUCCUUCUUUUUUUUUAAAUCGCUGAUGUCUCAAAGGAUUCUGGGCUGUACAUUAGGGAUUUAAACCAUUUAGUGAUACUGAUUUAUUUAAAGCAUACAGUUUUUCUUUUCUUCUUUUAAACCAUUGCAUUUAGAAAUAAAAUUUAAAGAAAAUCGGA